AUGUCCUCGUCGAUCAGUAACUCCAGGAUUUCCCCGGAUUGUCGAUGUGGGAAGAAAACGCAGGUGUGGACCUCGUGGACUCCAGCCAAUCCAGGUAGGCGAUUCCUCGGGUGUGAAGAUUGGGAGCCUCAUGCAAUUCACCAUCCUAAAAAGCAGAAAAGCUUUAGUAUCAUGAUAGCAGCACCAUAUUAUGAUGAAAAUAGUAGGAGGGAGAUUAUCCUCUUGAGUGAGCUGACUAGUUCUAGCCUUCUAGCUCUUGUGGGUCUACCUGACCCUGUCCCAAAACUGGGGGGCUUGGCAGCUGCUCCAAAGCAAGUUUCUUUGCCCUUCAUGCCUGAAAUGGGGUGA